AUGCUCUCGUUACCAAGAAUAAAGGUUCCGAAACCUGUUCAUCUUAAUUUUAAAUCAUUCAUACGAUUAAGUAGCAUACUUCAUUCACUCAAAGAUGGAUCAACUGUUAGUGCACACGAGAUUGAUAAGUUCUUCACGGCAAACAACCCAACUUCAGAACAUUUGAGCUUAGUCCAUGAGAUUGUGAAAGACCAUAAAGUUGCGCCAAAUACAAUCAACCAGUUACUAAAGUAUUCUUUACCAGAAGAUUUCUCCUUGUAUCACACGUUGAAAAGGGCAAACCCAUCGCAUGUGUGGGACAAUGAAGCGUUAAAAGCACUAAUAAUGAGUAAUCCAGGAAGAGUUGACUCACUGUGGACACUUCUCGAAAGGUAUGGCGAAGCAGCUGACGAGAAUGUUCAUUUAGCUGUCAUUGAAAAACUCUUGGAGGGCGAAAAUUCUGAGAUCAAGGAGGACAUGAUAGAGAUCACACAUGAGAGGCUAGACAGAGCUAUAGAUUUGUUGAACAGAGUCAACAAAGAUGUUUCACAUUUGAGGCACUGGGAUUCUCUUCUUGCCAAAUGCAUACAGCUCGGAUGCUUAGAUAAGCUUGACAAAGUUGAAGCGCAUUUGUUCGUGGAGUACAUCAACGAACAGCUCUCAAACACCGAGGAGCAGAAUUAUUUGGCACUUGCAAAUAUAGUGUUGGAAAAAAAUCCCAAAUCGUUAACUAAGGCCAACAUUGCCAAAAUGCUUUCACUUGCCGCAAAGAAACCUGACACAGUGGACGCUCUCAGAGAGUUUGUUGAUUUCGUGGAGCUUGAAGGGCUUGAUUGUGACAAGAAUGAUCCUGAAGCGCUACUUGUUCGCCUUCAACUCAUUCCAGCGUAUGGUAUUGCCUUGGGCGAUUUCAACAAGGUGCUCGAGAAGUUUCACAAGUACCUGACCCAUGAGAAGUUUGGGAUUGAGCUUCUCCAGGCUAAGGUGGUUCAAGUAUUCAGUUAUAAGGCUUUCAAGCGAGGAGACAAAACCCUCCUCAACAUUGCUGAGACUUUGGUUAAUCCCGAAGAGAUACAGGUCAAGACUCUAGCUCAGUUGAUUCUUGCAAGGGCAAAAUUUGAUUCUGAGAAGUCACUCAAAUUAUACAAUGACUACAUCCAAAAGGUCUCUAAGGAUGUGAACGAAGUCACAAAAAGGUCACCUACUGGAAUUCUUACGGAGGCUCUUAUGGUAGCCAGUCUCUAUGAUAAUGACAGAGAAUUCGCCCAGCUUCUUUACGAGAAAGCUAUUCAGAAUAAGAUGCUCAUUGACGAGGCAGAGAUAGCUCUUAUCAAAAAAGUUUUUAAAAAGUACGGAGAAAGUUUCCAAGAGAACGACACCUGGAAGCAAGCGAGACCUCGCUUCACCGAAGUGGUUCUCGAAAUGAUCAAGAGUGAGUGA